GUCACGAUCUAUGGGACAAGCCCCCGCCCGGUAGAGGCAGUCGAGGGCACGCAUUCCAACUUUUGCGUAACACUUUCGGUUGUGCCACAUUCGACGAGUGGAGUGCACGGCGAGGGCAGUCUGCUGUCAAUGUUGCCAUCUCUACCCGCUGCAUCGAAAUUCACAUUAGCCGUCCUCCUUGUAGGAACCUGGCAUGGCAACGUGAGCUCUACAUCAGUGGAGGGUGGGGUAACAGAAGCUACCCUUUCACCCGUGUCAGCACCAGCACGAAACGAGGCAAUCGCAUCGGAGGGGUGGACAACGUUGAUUCUUGAUGGUGGUACCAAAAGGCAGACAGUCAUGGUCAGGAACGACGCCGACGAAACAGAGGUUUUCGCUUCGAUUGCUGAAGGCGGUCGAGAAGCCGGCAUGACUGAGCCGCAGAUCGCCGACGUUACUGCUAAGUGGAAGCUCGUCGAGAUCUGGGACAAUCCCCGCGGAGUGCUCAGCGAACAAGUCCAAGAAGGAUCCCUGUCGCUGUUAACCUCGAUUGAGCACAAGAGAUCUACCACGUCAUGGAAUGACCAGGACAAGUUUGACACUAAAAAAAUAUUUUUACCAACGCAGUAUUCUACGUCCUCAUUGUCGGGCGAUUCCUCUGCGAGAGCGUGCGCAAUGAACGAUGACCACAAGAAGAUGCUAACCCACGUGGAUGUUUGGGAAGGUGCUUCGAAGACUAUGCCAAGGAUAUUCUGCGGGAUAUUCACUCACAGGAAAAACCACUUCACGAAAGUGAAGGCGAUCAAGGAGACAUGGGCGGUCAACUGUGACGGUUUUGUGGCCUUCAGCGACGCUGCUGACCCCGACCUCCACACGUUUCAGAUCGAGCACGAGGGUCCGGAAGAGUAUGGCAACAUGUGGCAGAAAAGCAGGGCAAUUUGGAAGUAUAUCAACUUCCACUACAAGAACGACUUCGAUUGGUUCCUUCUUGGUGGCGACGACCUCUUCGUCAUCGUGGAGAAUCUGCGCAAGUAUUUGCUAUCAGACGAGAUCAUGCACGCGGCUGGGGGGGGGAUAAACGGAGGCCCAAACCCCAUGUACCUGGGAAGACGUCUACGGCCCUUCAACGACGAUGAAUGGAUAUUCAACAGCGGUGGGGCGUCGUACGUGUUGAACCAAGCGUCCGUCGGGCUGUUGGCGAGCUACUUGGACGAGGAUGCCUGCCAGCCACAUAAAAAGACCUCGUGGGAAGAUGUCAUGGUCGCGAUGUGCUUGAAGAAGAACGGCGUGGUAGCAUUCGACACGCGGGAUGCUUCUGGGCGUGAGCGCUUUCAUCCCUAUACUCCGGCGGUUCACUUCGGGUAUCGCACGCCGAUGAGACCGGAGGAUCGCCUUGUAUCGGGAAUUGUGGUUGGUGAUUGGUACAUCGGCAUGGCGAUUGACCUGAUUUUCGGUCUUGAGGGUUGCUCGAGCGACUCACUCAGCUUUCACUACGUAGAUGAAGAUCUCAUGAGGCGGCUCUACCAUUUAGUCUACUCGUGCGGCAAAGACCCGGCAGAUGCUGUAGUCCAAGCACCACAUUUGCAGCUUCAGCAAAGCAGGGCCGGGGGUCAAGAAGAAAUAGAGAGGAAAUAG